AUCCUCUUCAAUAGAACAAAACAUUCAAACUCGAUUUUUCUGGAGGACUCCUGACAAUCCUGUCACUUCACUUUUCAGCAACACAACUCUGAAUUCAUCACAAUGGAUGAGCUGGAUGAGGUUCAGCUGAAGAAUCAUGUGGACAGUCUGAAGCAGCAGCUACAGUUAAAAAGAGAGAAAACAUCCGCCUCUCUUCCAGAGUUAACUAAAUGGAUGGAGGAGAAAAUGAACGAGGAUCCAUUUCUGAAUCCAGAUUUACUGAAGGAGAACCCGUGGGUGGAGAUAAGCAAAUGUGUUAUAAUAUAGAGCUGUCAAUCAUCACUAUGGCAACAGGAGUGACUUACACUGCCUGACUUUGACUAGGAUGGACAAAGAUGCAAAUUAAUUAAUUCUGAGUAAAUCUGCUUUGUUGUUUGCUCUACUCAGGCCAUGACAUUAUGAAAAGAAAGAAAGAAAAAACUGCUGUUACUCAGUGAAAACAUGUAUUUAUAAAAGUGUAAGACAACUAUACAAGAAUACAAUAAAAAGAAAAGGAUGAACCAG